AUGCUAUCAGUGGACUUGAUGGACUCACAGAAAGUACAAGGCAUAUCCACCUGGUCCAAUGCCUAUGCCAUUCUUUGGGAAUCUCCGUCAGCUGCCUUUCAAGGAUCAGCACAAAACAUUCUGAUAGUGGGCACAAACAUAUGGUAUCCCAUGAUUCUUCUCAACUCGCUAUGUGCAGUACAAGAUCUCAUGGAGAAGAAGGGCACAAUCUACUCUAACAGGCCCGGUGAUAGGCGCCGAGCCCCGCUGGGCCCCGAUACACCUCUUUUCGGCACUCGCAUCCCGCCCGGCACUUCGACUCAGUCUCCCAACAGUUCGAUUUCGCCUUCGACGCCCUUCGACAUCUUCGACGGUGCGCGACGCUUACUCGAAGCUCGGCACGGUCGUCCCGAUGCCUCGCGCGUAGAUCCCGGGACAUCUUCCGCAUUCGGCGAACAAUAG